AUGGAGUCCUCCGCUGCCGUCCCCUCCUCCAGCCCGCCGUGGAACUCCUCCCUCCUGGCCCCCCAGCCGCCCAACGCCUCCAGCCUGAGCCCCCCGCAGGGCGGGGCGCUGGCCCAGUCGCUGGCCCUCUUCGCGAUGCUCCUCAUGGACCUGCUGGCCGUGGGGGGGAACGUGGCGGUGAUGGCGGUCAUCGCCAAGACGCCGCAGCUGCGUAAGUUUGCGUUCGUCUUCCACCUGUGCCUGGUGGACCUGCUGGCGGCGCUGCUGCUGAUGCCUCUGGGCAUGCUGUCAGACCAGCCCUUCUUCAGCGAGGCGCUGUGCCGGAGCUACCUCUUCCUCAGUGUCUGCCUGGUCAGCGCCGUCAUCCUCUCCAUCUCCGCCAUCAACGUGGAGCGCUACUACUACAUCGUGCACCCCAUGCGCUACGAGGUGAAGAUGACCCUGGGCCUGGUGGUGUCCGUCCUGGUGGGCAUUUGGGUAAAAGCCAUCGUCAUGUCCGCCAUGCCCCUGCUGGGCUGGGCCUUCCAGGGCGGGGGCCCCUUCCUGGACGGGCGCGUGGGGGACCCGCUGUCGCCGCUGGUGCGGGGCCGCAGGCACUGCUCACUGCACUGGACAGGCGGCAGCUCCAACCGCACGGCCUUCAUGGUCCUCUUCACCUUGGUGUACUUCCUGUGCCCCCUGCUGGUCAUCCUGGUGGUGUACUGCAGCAUGUUCAAGGUGGCUCGAGUGGCCGCCAUGCACCACGGCCCCCUGCCCACCUGGAUGGACACGCCCCGGCAGCGCUCCGAGUCCAUGAGCAGCCGCUCCACCAUGGUCACCAGCUCGGGCGCGGCCCGAACCACCCCGCAGAGAGCCUUCAGCGGCGGGAAGGCCGCCGUGGUCUUGCUGGCCGUGGGAGGCCAGUUCCUCUGCUGCUGGCUGCCGUACUUCUCUUUCCACCUGUACUCGGCGUUAGCGGCCGCCUCGCCCGCGGACCUGGCCCACCUGGAGCAGGUGGUCACCUGGAUCGGAUACUUCUGCUUCACCUCCAACCCCUUCUUCUACGGCUGCCUCAACCGGCAGAUCCGGGAGGAGCUCAGCAAGCACCUGCCCUGCCUGUUCAACAGGGGGCCGAGCGAGGAGGACCGCCUGCCCAGCCGGGAGGGCUCCAUCGAGGAGAACUUCCUGCAGUUCCUCCAGGGGACCGGCUGUAACCUGGAGCCUCAGAACUCCCACAGCACCCCCAGCCCCAAGGCCGAGCACCGCCGCCCCACGGUCAGCCCCCCCCCCACCCAACAGCCGCCGCCCCCGGCCCCCGUCGACUUCCGCAUCCCCGGCCAGAUCGUGGAGGAGACUCCCGAGUUCAUGGAGCACCACCACAUUAACAGCGACCUCACUAUAUCAGACGGCUGCCUCAGGACAGCGCCCUCUCCCAAGCCAGAGGCGUAGUGGUAAAGACAGGCCAUUUUGUUGGACAACUUUUGGGUCCUUAGGUUGCCAUUUUGUUUAGUUUCUUUGCUUGUUUUUUCAUGUGUUGAUUAUUAUUAAAAAGCGAACACCUUUUCCCCACUCCAUGCGAGUGAUAAAUCUUAAAGUAAGGCCUUUGUUUGGCGAC